AUGAAUCCCCCGAAGUCAGGCAAGUCAGAAGGUGAAAGGUUUAAUCUAAAAGUUCUUGUGGAGCCUAGAGAUGAGACAGACAUGUUUGACAUAGUUGCUGUUCAUGGUAUGGCAGCCAAUCCAAAUGAAACCUGGGUUCACAAGGACACCAAUGUCGACUGGCUACAAGAUGAAAACAUGCUCCCGAGUCUUUUCCCGAACGCUCGCAUCAUGCGAUUUGACUACAAAUCCAGUUGGUUUUCUGAAUCCGGAGAUCCACUCAGCGAGACACGUGUGUCCGAUGUGAGUGAUCAACUACAAAUGUCUCUUCAAAGCUUUCGAAAGGUGAGCGUUACUACAUUCCUUGGACAACAACGUUCUCAUGGAUAUCAACUACAGGACUCCACUCGGCCUUUGGUUUUCAUCGCCCACAGCUAUGGAGGCUUUCCUGUGAUGCAUGCCCUCUAUAAAUCUGCGAAAGAACCUUCCGACCGGGAUAGUCUGUUUCAGUCCACUGCAGGGAUCGCCUUUUUUGGUGUCCCUCUCAGAGGAAGGCAAGGAAUCAAACUCGAGAAGAUGGUUGAAAAGAUUCACAAAUGUUACGAAGAAGUUGAAACCUUUCAAAUGCGAGAGAAAAGUAUGACGGCGUCUGUUGCCGAAAGUCAAUAUCUUACAGAGUCAGUCACACAUUUUCUCAAGUUACGAAUUGACCAUCCUGUUCCAAUCACCUGCUUCUUUGAGCUCCUGGAGAGUCGUGUUUCCAAACAUUGGAAGGAGUAUGACAAAAAAGUGAUAAAUGAGUUCGUGGUUCCUGAAUAUUCGGCCUGCAUUGACUUCUCAGAAGGGAUCGACCGCGGUGGGAUAGCCCGUAGCCAUUACCAUUUGCAGAAGUUCAAGGGCCCUGAGGAUAGUCAAUGGAAUUAUAUGGUCGUGCCACGUUUGAAAAGCCUGGAACAGAAGGCCCGCGCAUUCUUCAAACCGCCUGCAAAAUUGAGCAGUGCCCAGAUGUUCGUCUUUGAACAUCUACGGUCUGUGGAAGACGCUGCAUUCAACUCCCAUGCAAACGAGGAAGUUACACCAUGCGAUGGGCACACACGUAGGGAGCUGCUUGAGGACAUUAGCCAAUGGACUGACAGCCCAAUAAUUCGUGAGCAUAUCUACUGGCUGCAAGGAAAGGCUGGCACAGGCAAAUCAACAAUCGCGCGUACAGUGGCCGGUCGACUUAACCAGGAGGGACUUCUUGCGGCCAGCUUUUUCUUCAGGAGGGACGAAGCCGACCGCCGUAGUGCCAAGCGCUUUUUUACAACAAUUACUAUCCACCUGGUUCACAGAAUACCUGCCUUGGCGGAGUAUGUGCGGCGCGCAAUCGAAGCCAACCCUAGCAUUGGUACAACAGCGCUGAGAGAGCAAUUUGAGCAGCUUAUCCUGCUGCCAAUGAAGGCCAUCUCGCGUGACGUUCCCAAAACCAUGACCGUCGUGAUCGAUGCGCUGGAUGAAUGCGAGAGGGAUAGGGACACUGAAGAGAUCAUCAAGAUCCUGCUGCAGACUGAUAUUUCGGUGGUAAUCCCAUUGAAGUUCUUUGUCACUAGCAGGUUCGAGCCUCCAAUUCGCCUAUGGCUCCGGGAUGUUCAAGGGAAAGUCAAAGAAGUUCCGCUUCACGAUAUCCCGCAAGAUUUAGUAAAGCGGGACUUGGAAAUAUUUUUGAAGAUCCGAUUGGACGAGAUUCAGCGCAGUUCCAGAAUCAAGUCUGGCUGGCCGGGGUCCACUAAGCUCCAAAAACUCCUGGAGAGAUCCACUCCAUUGUUCAUCUUCGCGGCUACCGCCUGCCGCUUCAUCGGGGAUAUCAGACUCAAUGGUGGACCGGAUCAUCGGCUUGAACUGAUACUCCAAAAUGAGUCCCGUGGGGAUGUCGACGAAACAUACCGAUUCAUCCUUCAACAAAUAAUAAACGGGCUUAAGGGUGUCCAUCGUCGGCAUGUACUUAAUGACUUCAGGCAAAUUGUGGGUUCGAUAGUCACCCUCGAAAAUCCUCUUGGAGCCGCGCCACUGGCAAGACUUCUGGGCAUUCCCAUUGAACACGUCAACAAUAGAUUGGAGCUACUUCACUCCGUACUGGUCAUCCCUGACAAUGAUAAUACUCCUGUGAGAAUAUUUCACGACUCUUUCCGAGAAUUCCUUGUCCACAUGGACCCUGAGGACCCUCACGAGUUCUGGAUUGAUGUGAAGAUUACUCAAAGGGCGCUUGCGGACAGAUGUCUUCAGCUGCUCUCCCAAGGUGGCUACCUAAAACAGGAUAUCUGUGGACUCGGAUCCCCCGGAAAAUCUCGUCGUUCCCUUGACCAGCAAAAAUUGCACCAAUGCCUGCCGUCGGAGGUUCAAUAUGCGUGUCUUUACUGGGUGCAUCACUUGAAGGGUAGUGGAGACAUGCUUUCGAAUGGGCAUCGAGCGCUUCAAUUCCUCGAGAGCCACUUUCUUCAUUGGCUUGAAGCUUUGAGCCUUAUGGGAUCGAUAACAGAGAGCAUCAGGCUGAUAGGCAAGUUACAAGACCUUGUCAAUGCCGACUGCAGCUCUUCAGUAUCUGACUUUCUGCAUGAUGCGAACCGAUUUGUCCUCAAAAAUCACCAGGUCGCCAAUGAUACGCCUCUCCAACUGUACUCGUCAGGGCUGAUAUUUGCACCACGAACCUCAAUGGUGCGCAAGCAGGCUGAUCCUCCUGGUUGGAUAUGCCAAUUUCCACAGGUUGAGGAUACUUGGAGUCCAGAGCUGCAAACACUCGAGGGUCACUUAGGCUUGAUCAACUCAGUUGCCUUCUCACCCAAUGGCGCACUACUGGCAUCCGGCUCUGAUGACAAAACCGUGCGCCUGUGGGACACGACAACAGGUGCGCUAGAUCGGAUACUGGGGGUGCAUUCAGGUCCGGUUCGCUUAGUUGCUUUCUCACCCAAUGGCGCGGUGCUCGCGUCUUGUUCGAAGAAUACUGUGUACCUCUGGGACACGGCGACAGGCGAAGGGCAGGAACCCCUGAAGGGCCAUUCAGAUCCAAUUCGGUCAUUUUCCUUCUCGGCCGAUGGUGCGCUAUUGGUAACUGGCUCUAAAAAUACGGUGUGCCUCCAAGAUGUGGCGACAGGCAAGCUACUACAGACCUUCAAGGGCCAUUUGAUAUGCCCCUUGUCAUGUGAUAAUAUAUCUCUUGAAUCUACCGAUGCUAUAUACCUCUGGGAUGUGGCAAAGGGUAUUCUGAGACAGAUAUCUGAGGGAGACUUGAAUGUACGCUUGGAGAACAUAAUGGCUUUCUCGCCCGACGGUGCACUACUAGUAGUAUUUGACUCCCCGAAUGCCUUUUAUCUCAGGAAGAUAGCGGCAAAUACGGCACAUCAACUGCUAGCGCGUGACCCACAUGGUCUGACACAUCUUACGGCCUUCUCAGACAAUAACGCGCUACUAGCAUUCAGCUCUGAUGAAAAGAUUUACCUCUUCGAUACGGCAACAGCUACGCUGCUGCAUACUCUGAAGAACCCUUCAGUCGUUUCUUCAAUUACCUUCUCCCCCAACGGCGCGCUCGUAGUGUCUGGUGUUGAUGCUACGAUCCACCUCUGGGACACAAGAACGGGUACGCUACAGCAGACCCUUAAGAAUCAUUCAGUUGCAGGGAUGGUCCGUUCAGUUACCUUCUCGCCCAGCGGGACGCUGCUCGCAGGCUCUAGUGAUAACACUGUAUGUCUCUGGGAUACGGGAACAGGUGCACUAGAAGCAAGGGAUGGUCAUUCGGAGGGAGUUGAGUCGGUCGCCUUCUCACCUGACGGCAGCCUACCAGCAUCAUCCUCCACCUGCACCGAUCCUACCGUACGCCUCUGGAAUACGAAGACAGGUGCAUUGGAUCGGAUCCUGCUUGAUGUGGCACCCUAUUUAGGCCCACCUCCGUCCCUUUCCUUUUCACCUAAUGGCAAAGUACUGGCAUCUAGCUCUAAGGACUGCAUUCAUCUCUGGGAUAUGGAAAAAUACAGCCAUCGGGCUCUAGAAAAACAUACAGGCCACAUGCAGUUUCUUUCAGUUGUCUUCUCGCCUGAUAGCACCCUACUGGCAUCUAGUACUUGCGAUACUAUUUACCUCUGGGACGUGGCAAGACGUGGGCUACAUUCAAUUCUCAAGAGCCAUCGAAGUCUGGAUUAUUCACUUGUCUUCUCAUCGAAUGGCGCGCUUCUAGCAUCCAGUUCGGAUAACAGUAUCUUCAUCUGGGACACGGCGUCAGGCGCGUUAAACCAGACUCUGCAGGUCCGGAAGGGCCCGUUUCAUUCACUUUCCUUUUCCCCCAACGGUGCACUACUGGCAUCUAGCUCUGACAAUGGAGUUUUUCUCUGGGACAGGGCGACAGGCAAGCUACAGCAGUCGCUCAGAGCCAAUAGAGCAUUCGAUCAUAUCGAACUCAGUCAUAAUGGAUCGGAUCUAAUUACUAAUCGAGGCUACUUGGCUUUCUAUGAAUCUCCAAGUCAUGGAACUGGUUUAGAACGUUCGGGUCCGAGAAUCUUCAUCGACCCAAAGUGGAUCAAGAUGAACGACAGAAACAUUCUUUGGCUUCCCCCAGCUUCUCGACCUAGUUGCUCUGCGGUCCGUGGCAACCUAUUUGCCCUAGGACAUGCAUCGGGGCUCGUCUCAUUUAUUAGAUUUCAAGUCUAG